AUGUCCUCCUCACCUACAUUGAUCUUCAUGGUCAUCUUCUUCCUGGAGUCGUUGGCUGCAAUGCUGCAGAAUGGCUUCAUGGUUACUGUGUUGGGCGGGGAGUGGGUGCGACGCCGGACGCUGCCUGCAGGUGACAUGAUUGUGGCCUCCCUGGCUGCCUCCCGGUUCUGCCUGCAUGGGGUGGCCAUCCUGAACAACCUCUUGAUCUUCUUUGGUUUUCACUUCGUAAAGGACUAUUACAACACCCUCUGGCACUUCGUCAACACUCUCACUCUCUGGCUCACUGCCUGGCUUGCUGUCUUCUACUGUGUGAAGGUCGCCGUCUUCUCUCACCCUGUCUUCUUCUGGCUGAAGUGGAGGAUUUCUCGGUUAGUGCCCAGGCUGCUGCUGGGCUCCCUGGUCUUAGUUGGCCUGACAGUCAUCUCAUCAGCCAUUGUGACUGGAAUUCUGAAACAGAUGAUUGCCUCCAGGAGUUCCCAAGGAAACAGCACCUGGGCUGAGAGAGUACAGGCCUUCUAUAGGUCUUUUCAUCUAUUUGAUGUAAUGCUUAUGUGGUCAGUUCCAUUCCUCCUGUUCUUGGUGUCCAUGCUCUUGCUCGUGUUCUCACUGUGCCGGCAUUUGGGGCUGAUGAGGAACUAUAGACAGGACCCAUGUGAUCCUAGCACCCGGGUUCACACGAUGGCCCUGAAGUCACUUGUCUUCUUCCUUGUCUUCUACACAUCAUAUUUCCUGUCUCUGGUUGUUGUUGCUAUAGAAAUAACAAACUUCCAGAGUCACUGGUACUGGGCCUGGGAAGUGGUAACCUAUGCGAGCAUCUGUCUGCACUCCAGCAUGCUGGUGCUAAGCAGCCCCAAACUGAGAAAGGUCCUGAUGACCAGGCUUUGGAAAGCUCUGGACAAAGGCUGA